AUGAGGGCGGCUUCCAGGCUUCUUGCUGCCGUCAAGGAGCAAUAUCUCGAGGCCGGCGCGCCGACGGGCCUCACUGGCCUUCUCACACAUCCCACACCACGAUCCACCCUCCUGUACCUCUACAGCUCGACGCUAGACAAGCUGCAGAAGAUUCCCGAGAACUCUGUGUACCGGCAAGCCACGGAAGCGCUCACCAAGCACCGUCUCGCCAUCAUUGAGGCCGCAAAGCCCAAGGGGCUCGAGGAAUGGCAACAGCAAGUGCAAUAUCAAAUUUCGGAGCAUCCCAAGGCGUUUGAGGUUGUUUCCACCUCGGCUGGGCAGCAUGUGCGGCUCAAGAAGACCAAGAGGAUAGUGGACUUCCGAUCGGUCAAGGCAGAGUGGAAUGGAGAGGAGCCGAUCACGCUGAAAGAGGGCAUUCAGACGGUGAAGGCGCGGAAGCAUCUGUUUGCGAAGGUUGCUGGUGGAAAGGAUUACAAUCCUGCGGAUGAGAUCCAUGAGGUCAAGCUGCCUUUGGAGCCGCAGCUUACGGCUGAGCAAAUAUCUGAAGUGGAGAGCCAGAUCGGUGCUGGCCUUAUCGAGGAGGUCAUCCAGGUUGCCGAAGGCGAACACAAGCUCGUGGAUGUGAUGAUUGAGAACAAGGUCUGGGAGGCGCUUGAGGAGCAGGCACCAGAAGGUCAAUGGACAUACUUUGAGCGCGGCGGCCAUACCAAGACCGGAUCGCCGUAA